UGGGGAGGCGGAGGCUGCUGAGGUGGGCAGUCGGUUGGAGACAGCCGGUGGGUCGGUUGGGACGAUGGCGUGUAGCGGAUCUGCGACGGGCAGCGCGGCGCGGCGGCCGCUGCACUCGGCCCGGGCCCCGGACGUGGCCUCGGCCUCCAACUUCCGCGCCUUCGAACUGCUGCACCUGCACCUGACGCUGCGGGUGGAGUUCGGGCCGCCGGGCCCGGGCCCCGGCAGCCGCGGCCUCAGCGGUACGGCGGCGCUGGAGCUGCGCUGCCUGGGGCCCGAGGGCGCCUCCGAGGUGCGCCUAGACUCGCACCCGUGCCUCGAGGUGACGGCGGCGGCGCUGCGGCGGGAGCGUCCCGGCUCCGGGGAGCCGCCCGAGGAGCCCGUGCCCUUCCAGACGCACCCCUUUGCCCACUACGGGCAGGCGCUGAGCGUGGCCUUCCCGCAGCCCUGCCGCCCCGGGGAGCGCUUCCAGCUGCUGCUCACCUACCGCGUCGGCGAGGGCCCUGGGGUUUGCUGGCUAACUCCAGAGCAGACAGCAGGGAAGAAGAAACCCUUCGUCUAUACCCAGGGUCAGGCUGUCCUCAACCGUGCCUUCUUUCCCUGCUUCGACACUCCUGCAGUGAAAAGCAAAUACUCUGCCCUCGUUGAGGUGCCAGAUGGCUUCACAGCAGUGAUGAGUGCCACCACAUGGGAAAAACAAGGCCCGAAUCAGUUCUUCUUCCGAAUGAGUCAUCCCAUCCCUUCCUACCUGGUAGCUCUGGCUGUUGGAGAUCUGGUUUCUGCUGAAGUUGGACCCAGGAGUCGUGUGUGGUCUGAGCCCUGCUUGAUCGAAGCUGCCAAGGAAGAGUACAAUGGUGUGAUAGAAGAAUUUCUGGCAACAGGAGAAAAACUUUUUGGACCCUAUGUUUGGGGAAGAUAUGACUUGCUCUUCAUGCCACCAUCUUUUCCCUUUGGGGGCAUGGAGAACCCCUGCCUGACUUUUGUUACUCCAUGUCUGUUGGCUGGGGACCGUUCCUUGGCAGAUGUUAUCAUCCAUGAGAUCUCUCACAGCUGGUUUGGAAAUCUGGUCACCAAUGCCAACUGGGGCGAGUUCUGGCUGAAUGAGGGUUUCACUAUGUAUGCUCAAAGGAGAAUCUCCACUAUCCUUUUUGGUGCUGCUUACACCUGCCUAGAAGCUGCCACGGGGAGGGCGCUCCUUCGGCAGCACAUGGACAUCACUGGAGAGGACCACCCACUGAACAAACUCCGAGUGAAGAUUGAGCCAGGUGUUGAUCCUGAUGAUACCUACAAUGAAACCCCAUAUGAGAAAGGGUUCUGCUUUGUCUCUUACCUGGCCCACCUGGUGGGAGACCAGGACAAGUUUGACAACUUCCUCAAGGCCUUUGUCAAUGAAUUUAAAUUCCAGAGCAUCUUGGCUGAUGAUUUUCUGGAAUUCUACUUGGAAUAUUUCCCUGAACUGAAGAAAAAGAGAGUAGAUUCUAUACCAGCACCUGGGCACAUGACCAUCAUGCUAAGGCUUAAGUAACUGUGUUGCUGACAGCAGUUCUGACCCUUGAAGUUGAAAGGAAAUUAACCCAUAAAACAAGCUUCUGAGCAAGAGGACAUCCCAGUGCCUACAGUGACUCACCUGGAAAUUGUCUCUACCUUAAGAGGAGAGAAAGGAAGCUGUGCCAUUAUGAUUGAGAUUUCUGGUCCUUAAAAAUGUGUCCCCAUCCCUACCAGCCUUGGUGUGGUGGGACUUUAAUGAGCCGGAACUGUGCAGUGGGAAAGCGGUCACCAUCCCUCCUCCCACCACUUUGCUUAGCUCCUUCAGCUGCUAGUCAGGUGUAAGGCUGCUGCGACUUCAGAGGAGCCAAAGCAGAGGGAAAUAAGGGGCCAGGGACACUUAGCUGCUGGGAAGCAGCAUCAAAUGCUCCUCCAAAGCAAAGUCCUCUGUCCACUGAGGGCUUCUGGUCCAGGACUGCAUGAAAGAGUGAGAGAAAAAAAAGAGAGAGCUGGGCAGUUACAUGUAGUCUGCUCUCUCUGGUGAGAGUUUGAAAUAGACGGAAGCUGGAGGCCAGGCUUGAGGGGAUGGCUAGAAGCUUGCUCUAGGCACAACUGGAGGUUAGAGAUUUGAAGGGAAUGACUGGGUCCCUUGUUAAUGCCUCCUCUUACUUCCACCAUACAGGCUUUGAAUUUGAUAGGUGGCUGAACACACCAGGAUGGCCCCCCUACCUACCUGACCUUUCUCCUGGUGACUCACUUAUGAAACCCGCUGAGGAGCUGGCCCAGCUUUGGGCUGCCGAGAAGCUAGACCUAGAUGCUAUU